GUGUUCACAUUUCGAAUAAGAAGAAAUAAAAAAAUAAUUUAUAACAAAUUUUUUUUUUGGCAAAAAAAUUUUAUGUGUGUGCAAACAAAUAACACAUACAGAAAAAAAUUGAAUUUUUAAAGUGCUGACGAAAUUUUUUCGCCGGCUUGCAUAGUGUAUUGCAUUGCAGAAGAUAAUUUCAAAGUGAUAAUAUAGACUAAAUCAGUGUAAAACUUGUUUGUUCAUUGAAAAAAAUUAUUAAAAUGAAUUUUAAAAUUAAGAAAAUUAAAUUUAUAAGAAAAUUAAAAAAAAACUAGGUCAAAUAAUAAAGUUUUCUAUUAUGUAAUUAAUUAUAUUUACAUGAAGGAAAGAAUAAAAAAAAUAAUUACAAACUUAAUAAUAAAUUUAAAUACUUAUACUUAUACUUACUUAAAUUAAUAAUUUUAAUUAUAAUUUCAAUUUAUAUGUGGUAUAAUUAAAGAAUUAAAUAAAUAUAUGUAAAAAAUGGCUGGUUAUAAAGAAUCAAAUAGUGACACAAAUAAACAUUCAAUAAAUGAUAAUAAUAAAACAAAUGGUUGCGAUAACACUGAUAAUAAUUUAAAAAGAAAAUCAAAUUUAAAUGCAACAGCAGCCUCUAUAAAAAAUAAUGAUCAGAAUGGUGAAUUUAAUCAAUAUAAUAAUUGUAAUGAUGAUGAUGGUUCAAAUGGUGAUGAUAAAAAAGUUGUAUUAGAACGUAAAUUAACAUUAAUGAAUGGUGUUGCAAUAAUUGUUGGUACUAUUAUUGGAUCUGGAAUUUUUAUAUCACCAACUGGUGUAUUCUUUUAUACAGAAUCCGUUGGUACAUCACUUGUCGUUUGGUUAAUAUGCGGUAUUAUAUCAACAAUUGGAGCUUUAUGUUAUGCUGAAUUGGGUACUUGUAUAACAAGAAGUGGCGGUGAUUAUGCAUAUUUAUAUGUUGCUUUUGGUCCAUUAGUUGGUUUUCUUAGAUUAUGGAUGGCUUUAUUAAUUAUUAGACCAACAACACAGACAAUUGUUGCAUUAACAUUUGCACAGUAUGCUGCAAAACCAUUUUUUGAAGAUUGUUCACCACCUGAUUUAGCUGUUAAGCUUUUAGCUGCCGGUUGUUUAUGUUUCCUUACCGCAAUCAAUUGUAUGUCAGUGAAAUGGUCAAUGAAAAUUCAAGAUGUUUUUACAGCUGCAAAAUUAAUUGCUUUAAUAACAAUUGUUUUGGCUGGUAUUUAUUAUAUGUUGGCUGGUAAUUUACAAAAUUUUGAUAAUAUGUGGGAUGGUGAAUACAAUAUUGAUAAUAUUGGAUAUGCAUUUUAUGCUGGUUUAUUUGCAUUCGGCGGAUGGAAUUAUUUAAAUUUUGUUACAGAAGAAUUACAAGAUCCAUACAGGAAUCUACCAAGGGCUAUAUGGAUUGCAAUGCCACUUGUAACUGGAAUUUAUGUUUUAGUUAAUUUAGCAUAUUUUGCUGUUGUCUCAAAAAGUGAAAUGUUAAGUUCUUUAGCUGUUGCAGUAACAUUUGGUAAUCGUAUGUUUGGACCAUUAGCAUGGCUUGUACCAAUAUUUGUUGCAUUAAGUACAUUUGGUGGAGUUAAUGGUGUUAUAUUUACAUCAGCAAGAUUAUUUGCAACUGGUGCACAAAAUGGACAUUUACCAUCAUUUUUUACACUUUAUCAUAGAAAACAACAAACACCGAUACCAUCUUUAAUAUUUUCGUGUGUAAUUUCAUUAGCUAUGCUUUUAACUGCUAAUGUUUAUGUUCUCAUCAAUUAUUUUAGUCAAAUUUUAUGGUUAUCAGUUGUAGCUAGUAUUGCUGGAUUAUUAUGGUUACGAAGAACAAGACCUGAUCUACCACGUCCAAUCAAAGUGAAUUUAAUACUUCCAAUAAUAUUUAUUUGUUCAUGUAUUAUAUUGGUAUUGUUACCAAGUUUUACAAAUCCAUUAAAUUUACUCGUUGGUAUUGCUAUUACAUUGGCUGGUGUUCCCGUUUAUUAUUUAUGUAUAAAAUGGAGAAAUAAACCAAAAGUAUUUGGACAUAUGUCAAAAGUUGCAGAAAUAUUUUGUCAAAUAUUUUUCGAUACUAUGUUUAUUGAAAGUCCUGAUGAUAAAUAAUUUGUUUAAACAAAAUAUCGUAUAAGUUAUCAAAAAAAAAUGUAAUAUUGUGGCUUUAUUUUUAAAAUAAAAAAUAAAAACUUGAAAAAUAUUUUAUGUAUGUAUGUAAGCUUUACAUAAUAAUAUUUAAUGUAAUUAAAAUAAUAUAAUGUUAAAAAAAUUCCUUAUAUACAUAAGUUAAAUAUGUAUAAUGAUAAAUUUAAUCAAAGACAAUAGAAAUAAUCUAUAGUUUUUGGCUUAAUUCUAUCAAUAACAUUGUAUCUCAUAAUAGAAAUACUCAAUUAAUUUU